UGAAAUUUUUUAUUUUUACAAUUUGUAAAGAGAAUAUUUAUUUUGUCCGAAUUUAUAACGCAUUAAAAGCAGCAAAACGGAGGGAAAUAAGCGGAGAAGUGAAAGCAGCAGCUCUUGCUUGAUCGGCGGAGGAGUCGCAGAAGAGCGUGGUAAAAAUGUAAUGUCUGCAACGUCGGUGAAACCUGUGGAAACGUUAAAGGGCAUCUUCAGUAUGCCCAAGAUGGAUCGUAAUCGCCGCAACUUCCUACGUGAGAAUAAAUUGAGUUUACGUGAACUACAACGUGUAACUUGUAAAAAUAGGAUGCAGCAGCAGCAAGAACAAGUGAUGCGAGAACAAAGAUAUAAUGGACGACGUUCCCAAUCGCAGCAACGUAACAAUUACAAUGGAUUAGAUAAACAAAUCAACACGCGGUGUCCAUCAUUGACAAGAGUGCCUAGCGGACGUGUGGUUCGCGGCCCUGUUGCCGGUAGUAUUGGCGAUGGAGGUAAUCAUAUUGUCCGAAACAGCGUUUCUCGUACAGGUAGUACAAAUACCGUAAAAUCUGUGCAUAAGCAAGUUCAAACUGAAGAUAUACAAGAUGAACAAUUUCUAUACGACGCCCUAAAGCGCUGCACCACCAAUGAUUGUCAGUCGCAUUUGAAUCGCCUACAGCUAAAUAUUACUCCUCGUUCCAACCAUACCGCAUUGGAUGCACAAAGCCGAAAUUCGUUUUACCCACCACCAAUUAAUAAUGCAGGCCAAGUAGGCUAUCCAAAUACCACGGAAAAUGCUUGUACCACGCGGCAACAGCCUCACAUGCAAGAUCAAUACGAAAAUCAUCACAACAAUGAACAACCUCACGACGGACUGCAAAAGGAGAAUACAACUGAAGACGACGAUGAAGAUGUAGUGGGCAGUUUGAGUGCUGAACCCUUAUAUGUGCUUAACUCCUCAUCUAAAUACAACUUAGCACCAACGCCACGCUCACAGCAACACUUCAGCAACGGUUACAAUAUGGUGGAAAGCGAUGGAUUACCACCUACUACAACAAUGCAAUCAUCAUAUGAACCACCUGACCAACAAAAGCAGCAACAAAAACAAUCGCAAGCACGUCAGUACCGUAUGCAACCACAUGUACAGGAUGAUGUGCGCAGCACUUUUGAAAAUCUGUCGUUGAAUAAUGUAAUAGGACCGGGUGGCGAAUGCGAUUAUGGUGCUGGCGGUGAUUGCGAUAAUGAAGCUGGUAACAGCGGCGGCGUAGAAGCUGUAUGCAUAUCUGGACGCAGCCGUCGCACGAAUUUCUCACAAAACUCACACCAAAGCACUACAGACUUAGCGAAGAAGCGUUCUAGUGGUAGCAUACAUAAACUGGGUUCUCGCGACAACUUGAAUCUACCACGCUAUUUGGAGCGUGAAAAACGUGAAAAGGAGGAACAGCGUCAACGACAAAGCGAAAGCGACCCGAAUUGUCCACCCGGGCAUUAUCUACUAUCUGACAAAGAACGCCAAGCAGCACUACAAUUAGUUGAAACAAGAUUCAAAGCACUCGUCAAUGAACUGAAUCAUAUGCCGAUGACAACUGAAACUUUACGUAUGCGCGUACGCAAAGCGGAAAUCGAAAAAGAACUAAAACUACUUGAAACCGAUAUACGGGUAUUUUCCAAGACCAAGGUGUAUGUAAAACACAAGGACUAGUGCGCCUGCAAAUAUCAUACAAAAAUCUGUAUUUGGCCCUGAUACAUACAUAAAUACAUAGGAUCCCCGUGUCAACAAUCUCGACGUCGUCAUUGCUCGUACCGUUGUCCACAUCAUCGUUGUCCGCUCCAUUGGCCGCACCAUUGUUGGCGUCUUUGUACGCUCACGCUGUUAUUUGCGCCACUGUUCGCACCGUUAUCCACAUUUUCGUUUUCCAGAA